GGCGUAGUCAGACCGCCCAAAAAGUUAAAGAGGAACGAAAGAGGGGAUAGAGAGAGAGAGAGAGAGAGAGCCAGAACGAAGUAGACCAGUCUCCGCCCGGCUGCCUCUAUCUCAGAGGAAUUCCUUUCGUCUAGGGUUUCUUGCGUCUACCCGUCUUCUCGACAUCUACCGAGAAAUUCACCAGAAGAUCGUCAGUCCCCAAUCUCAUCACAGCUUUCACUGAGGUGUUGGGAUGGAAGAAACUCAAAAGUCUGAAAAUCAUUUGACAUCGGCUGCGGCUUUUGUGGAAGGAGGAAUCCAGGAAGCCUGCGAGGAUGCUUGCAGCAUAUGCCUUGAGGCCUUUUGUGAUAAUGAUCCUUCAACUGUUACUAGUUGCAAGCACGAGUUUCAUCUCCAGUGCAUUCUUGAAUGGUGUCAGAGAAGCUCCCAGUGCCCCAUGUGUUGGCAGCCCAUCAGUCUGAAGGAUCCCACCAGCCAGGAAUUGCUUGAGGCUGUAGAACGAGAGAGGAGCUUCAGGCUUAAUGCUUCUAGAAGUGCUGCAAUAUUUCAUCAUCCAACUUUGGGGGAUUUUGAAUUACAGCAUUUACCAGUGGGCACAAAUGAUGCUGAGCUUGAAGAGCGUAUAAUUCAGCACCUAGCUGCAGCUGCUGCGAUGGGGAGGGCACGCCAUAUUGCUAGAAGGGAAGGCCAGAGGAGUAGGUCUUCAGCUCAGGGUCGUCCACAGUUCCUAGUGUUUUCAACUCAACAAAACACAACUCUUGCUGGUCCAGCUUCUUCCUCUUCUCUAGCUCAAAGAGGGGAAGGUGAACCAGAUUCCCCAAUCGCAGUUGCUAGUCCAUCAUCCCCUCCCAUGAUAGCAGGAGAGGAAUCCUCUCAAUUGAUCCCACCACCACCUUCUGCUCAAGCUGAUCAGUUAUCUGCCUCAGCAUCUGGAUCAACUGUUCUUUCUAGUGUUCAACAUGGAACUUCUUUGAACAGUUGUUCUCCUAAUCGAUCUUCCCCAAGUAGUCAAGAUAGAGCAGGGCCAUCAGAAUUCCAAUCAUUUUCAGACUCUUUAAAAUCUCGAUUUAAUGCAAUGUCAAUGAGAUACAAAGAAACAUUCUCGAAGAGCACAAGAGGCUGGAAGGAUAGGUGGUUCUCUCGCAACACUUCCAUGGCAGAUCUUGGUUCUGAAGUUAGAAGAGAGGUUAAUGCAGGAAUUGCCACUGUAUCACGCAUGAUGGAACGUCUAGAAACCAGGGAAAAUAGUAGAGCUGGUGCUGCUUCUGUACCAAGUAGAUUGGAGGAUGGUCCAGUUCCAGAUCUGGGUAAUCAGCCGAUAGCAGAAGCUGAAGGUAAUGCUUCUGUGAGUGACACGAAUAAGCAAGCAGCAUGUCCUGCAGGUUCAGCCUCAAACUAAGGAUUUCUUCAGCAGUUACAUCAACUCUAAGCAUUUCAUCUUGAAGGUGCCUGUCCGUUUGAGAUUUGGGAAUUGGGAUGCUGUGGAUUUGAUGCUUGUUACGUGUCGACAUAUGAUGAAUGAACAUCGAUGCUUUUGAUCUGGUUUAAGAAUAAAUAAAUGAGAUCGAUCAUCUGUAUGGUCAUAGAAAAAGCAGAAUGUGAUAGUAACUGGGUUUAUACCCUGAACUUAUUUAUGAAUAUACAAGUCCUGCAUGUAGGUAACUGGGUUACAGAAGAGUUCGAAUUCUACGGGCAUAAGAGGACAUUCAUUUCGUAUCUAUUUUUUGACUAAA